AUGGAGUCCAUCUGGUCAUUGGAUUAUAGGUUCAGAGAGCUUGAAGGGGCUUCAGAGGCCAUGGAGGAAACAGAUAGUGCCAAACAUAAGGCUGGAAAUGAGUCCUCUAUUCAAGAAUUGAAACAAGACGAUUCCAAGAAGAUUAUUGACAGUAUUAUUGAGGAGAGCCAGAAGGUCCAGCAGCUUGAAGAUGAACCUUUGGAUUCUAAAGGGAAAAAACAUUCUGAUCCAGAACCAACCACAAAUACAGAUCUUCUGAGCAAUAUCCCUGGACUCUUAGCCACCGAACAGGUGUCACAAGAUGUUAAAAAAAGAGAAAAGCAGAAGGCAUUUAAGGAAACCAAACCUGAGUUUAGCAAAUGUUCUUGCCCUUAUGAAGGUCCUGCUGAAAAGCAAGUGAGUGAAAUCACUCAGGUAACAGAAAUCAGUUCAACUGAUGAGCAAAAUGUAAUGGAAACAGAAGAAGCAGCAACCAGAACUGAAGAAGUAAAACAGACCAAUGUUUUAGAACAGGUAUCAACGGACUUCUUCCCUCCCAAAGAUGUAGCUGCAGCAGAAGAAAUGGCUCCUGUCAAACCUCCAAGGCAUAUUCCUGUUGAGCCUGAUAUCGUGGCGAGCACCAAGAAACCCGUCCCAGCUCGACCUCCCCCACCAGCCCAUCUCCCUCCACCUAGACCACCCCCUCCUGCUCGGCCUGCUCCUCCACCCCGGAAAAAGAAAAAUGAAACAGAGUUGGAGGCCCUGAAGCCAUCAGAGCUAGAAGCAUCUAGAGAGAAUUUUGCAUCUGGAAGUGCCUUGUCUCCCAGUACAUCUUCUGAAUGCCAGUCCAAGGAUACACAGCCUUCCCUAGAUUUGGCAAGUGCGACCAGUGGAGAGAAAAUUGUCACUGACCAGGAAAAUGGAAAAGCACCUGAUGGGCAGACAGUAGCGGGGGAGAUGAUGGGUCCACAAAGACCAAGGUCCAACUCUGGAAGAGAACUCACUGAUGAGGAAAUUUUAGCCAGUGUUAUGAUUAAGAACCUUGAUACGGGAGAAGAAAUACCUUUGAGCCUUGCAGAAGAGAAACUGCCCACAGGUAUUAAUCCGCUCACUCUGCACAUUAUGAGAAGAACUAAGGAAUAUGUAAGUAAUGAUGCGGCCCAGUCAGAUGACGAAGAGAAGAUCCAUUCUCAGCAAACAGAUACCGAUGGUGGAAGGCUAAAACAGAAGACGACUCAGCUCAAAAAGUUCCUGGGAAAAUCUGUGAAAAGAGCCAAGCAUCUUGCAGAAGAAUAUGGUGAGCGCGCUGUAAAUAAAGUGAAAAGUGUUAGAGAUGAAGUAUUCCAUACUGAUCAAGACGAUCCAUCGUCAAGUGAUGAUGAAGGAAUGCCGUACACAAGGCCAGUGAAAUUCAAAGCAGCCCACGGUUUCAAAGGACCUUACGACUUUGAACAGAUUAAAGUGGUUCAGGAUCUUAGUGGUGAACACAUGGGAGCAGUUUGGACCAUGAAAUUUUCUCACUGUGGCCGAUUACUUGCUUCAGCCGGACAAGACAAUGUAGUGAGGAUAUGGGCUUUGAAAAAUGCUUUUGAUUAUUUCAACAAUAUGCGAAUGAAAUACAAUACAGAAGGCCGAGUAUCCCCUUCACCUUCUCAAGAAAGUCUGAAUUCAUCAAAAUCUGAUACUGAUGCAGGAGUAUCCAGUGGCGCUGAGGAGGACACCGAUGAUAAGAAUGCUCCAUUCCGGCAGCGACCCUUUUGCAAAUACAAAGGACACACAGCAGACCUUCUAGAUCUUUCCUGGUCUAAAAACUACUUCUUGCUUUCUUCUUCCAUGGAUAAAACCGUCAGGUUAUGGCACAUUUCCAGAAGAGAAUGCCUCUGCUGUUUUCAACAUAUAGAUUUUGUCACCGCUAUUGCAUUUCACCCAAGAGAUGACCGUUAUUUUCUAAGUGGAUCCUUGGAUGGAAAACUCCGACUGUGGAAUAUUCCUGACAAAAAAGUGGCAUUGUGGAAUGAGGUAGAUGGUCAAACCAAGCUGAUCACGGCUGCCAAUUUCUGUCAGAAUGGCAAAUAUGCGGUCAUUGGCACGUACGAUGGCCGUUGUAUCUUCUAUGACACUGAGCAUUUGAAAUACCAUACGCAAAUACAUGUACGAUCUACCAGAGGACGCAACAGAGUUGGAAGAAAAAUUACUGGCAUUGAACCUUUACCUGGAGAAAAUAAGAUACUGGUGACCUCAAAUGACUCCCGAAUUAGACUAUAUGACCUUAGAGAUUUGUCAUUGUCUAUGAAAUACAAAGGUUAUGUCAACAGCAGCAGCCAAAUCAAAGCAAGUUUCAGCCAUGAUUUUACAUACAUUGUUAGUGGCUCAGAAGAUAAGUAUGUUUAUAUUUGGAGUACAUACCAUGAUCUAAGCAAGUUUACUUCAGUCAGAAGAGAUCGCAAUGAUUUCUGGGAAGGAAUUAAAGCACAUAAUGCUGUUGUUACAUCAGCAAUCUUUGCUCCAAACCCAAGUUUGAUGUUAUCUUUGGAAGGGACAACUGAGAAGGCCGAAGCUACUGAUAAAGACAGUGAUUCGCAAGUAUCAGACACCAUACCUUCCGGUGCCCUGAAGACAGACCACACUGAAGUUCUUCUGUCCGCUGAUUUCACUGGAGCAAUCAAAGUGUUUAUUAACAAAAAGAAAUAUGUAGUUUGACUUGUGAGGAAGCAAUUAAAAAUAAACAGAGAUGAGUGAGUUUCUGUAGGCGUCCUAAGUUAAAACCAUUGGACUAGUGUUGCAGGCUAACAUUGUUUUUAAGCUGCUCAGAUAUCAUAUAUUUUGGGAGGCAUCAUCAAUGAGCUAGUGACCGGACCCCAUAGAAUAGAAAGGGUAUGUAUAUACCUGCAAGAAAGAGAAUUGCCUAAUGACAGGCCUGACAUUUUUUAAAUGAUUGUGGUUUUGCUCUAUAGUUGUCAACAUGCAAAGGUUUCUGCAUGAAAUAUAUUCAUCUC